CCGGGCACCCCUCUCCCCCUGCGUGCCGUUGCCCCAUGGGAGAUGGUGCCAGCUUGGGAGCUGGUCAGGCAAUCGGACUCCUCUUGCACGUGCCGCGAGGUCAACUGGGACUUUGAGUGCUGCCCCCUCUUGCAGCGGAACCUCCGCAGACUGCAGGACAUCAUGCCCGGUCCCAGCACGGGCAAAAGCGUGGACGACAUGCGCAGGCUGACGCGCGAGUGUUUUGUGGCGCUCCGGCGACUGGAGGACUUGCCGGGGGUUCGCUUCCAGAACCACGUGCCCCCCGAAACAAAAAGUGACGCAAACAGUUCCACGUCCUCUCGGGACCUCCACUGCCCCGAACAUGGCGCGCAGCUUAACGGUGACGACGUGCAAGUCGUCGGAGGGACAGACGAGGACUCCCUCCGAGACAGGGUUCGCAGCACGAUCCGGCGCAGCCGUCACGACCCGCAGCGGGUCCUUACGCGCAAGCUUGGCUACAGCGUCACUGUCAGCGACUUGCGUACGCUGUUGGGCACCAACUGGCUGAACGACGUGGUGAUAGACUUCUACAUGGGGCUGAUUGUGGAGCGUGCGAGCCUGGAGCAGGGGGGCAUGAGGGUGCACGCCGUGACCACGCACUUCUUCAACGUGCUACGUAGCCGGGGCUACGACGCGGUGCGCCGCUGGACUGAAGGUGUGGAUUUGUUCGACGUAGACCUAAUGCUGGUGCCUGUGCACGACCAGGACCACUGGUCCCUGGUGGCCCUGUGGAUGCAGGAGCGGACGUUCUCGCUCUACGACUCGAUGGGGCGCGAAAACAAGCCGUGCUACCGGACGCUCAUGGAGUACCUGCGGAAUGAGCACCGGGACAAGAAGCGGCGGCCCCUGGUGGAGCCCGACGGAGGCUGGGCCUGCCAGUUUGCCAAGAACAUUCCCAUGCAGAGCAACACGCACGACUGUGGCAUGUUUGUCUGCCUCUAUGCGGAACGAUUGGUGCGCAACGCACCUUUCGACUUCUCAGCGAGGGACAUACAGCGGCUGCGUUACCGCAUGGCUUACGAGAUCCUUACGGGAAAGCUGCUCUGAU